AUGACUACCCAGUCAGUCCUCGGCGAAGCAAACUUUGAAGAUGGAUCGGAGCCUUACGCAUAUACGCCUCUCAGCAAGAGACAGAUACGCGUACUGGAGUUGAGUCCUGCUGGUCAAGAGACAGACCAGCUUCGGGGGAGGUUACUCGUGAAAGGCUUGGAGGAGUUGCCACCGCGUCGGAAACCCUUUUCUUCAGAUGUGGCAGAACCAAUUGAUCCAACCAAACACGUCUAUUUCGAAGCUAUUUCCUACGUAUGGGGCGAACCCAGCUUCACUGAGUCCCUUGUCACACCCGACGGCUUCAUCCGCAUCACAACUUCGCUUGCCUCAAUCUUGCGACGAAUCCGACACCAUGAGGAUAGUCGUCUCUACUGGGCCGAUGGACUAUGUAUUAACCAAGAGGACAUUAGCGAGAAGGAGAUACAAGUCCCGGUUAUGGGCGUUAUCUAUGGGUCUGCCGUGCGUGUUCUCUGCGACCUAUGUGACGAAGAUAUCGAUCUUCUACUAGACGCCAUGGAACGAUAUUGGAAGAAGAAUAUUCGUCGCGGUUUCCAACUCAGUCAGAGUCGCUCAACUGUUCUUUCAAAAGAAACAUCAGCAGCGGUGAUGGGCGUCCGUCUUCCCACACAAGAAGAGGCAGAUGAAAUUAAAGGUUUUGAAAUGGAGGAUUGGUCUGAGCAAUUUUUAGAGUUCCUAUCUUUCCCUUGGUUUCAUCGUUUAUGGAUCUUUCAGGAAUUUAUUCUUGCUCGCGAUGUAAGCAUGAUCUUUGGCCGUCGACAUAUGCCGUGGGGAGAGAUUUGGGCGAUUACAGUAAGUUAUUUGGGAGCUGAAUUUCCCUGGGACUCGGUAGAACUUGCCACACCGGAGAAUACUUCCAAACUCGUGUCACUCAAUUUUAUGUGCUGUAUCCGCGCUUGCAGAAUCAUCGAUCCUAACGCGGCACACGGUCGCGAGUUCAUGGAAGCCAUCAGAGUCUCAAUGGGAGGCGCAGAUAUCAGCCAAGCUCAGCUGCACAUGUCCCUAGUAGCGGGCUGCUUUAAGCAAUGCAGAAUUCCUCGCGAUCGGUACUUUGCUAUACUGGGCCUCGUGGACGAAGCGGGCGAUGGGAAGGGAGGUGAACUACAGGUCGAUUACAUAUCACCUAUCAGAGAUAUCACCAUAUAUUUCUGGAAACACGCGUUGCAGUUGAGUUCUGGGGGGGAACUCAUUCUCAUUGCUGGAAUAGCAGGUCAAAGUGAAGGAUAUCCAUCUUGGUUGAGGGAUAUCACUGUACCGAGCCCUUUGGAUUACGUCUGGCUGCUUGGCCCUUUGGCCAAUGAUCGACACAAGACGGGUGGAGAUCUUGGCACUUGGUCUGCGGCGUUUAGCCAAGACGAUCCAGACCAGAUGAUCACCGAAGGGCUUUUCUUUGUUACAAUUGCUGAGUUAUCAAAUAUGGAACCGAAAGAGCUUUUCGAAAUGGAAGCUAUGAUACUCUGGUUUGAGAAAGCAAUAACAUUUUUCACUUCCGAUUACGUGACAACAGGGUCUGGCACCGACACACCUUACCCAUUGACGGGCGAGCGUAUCCAAGAUGCAGCUAUAAAGACAGUGUGUGACUUUGGCUCAGAAGACGAGCUUAAUGAUGAUUCUACCGCCAUUCACCAGCUAGGUCAAUCCCUCCUGGCGAUAGCCGCGUCCUAUCCAAACAAAGAUGAAGAUAUGAUAGAGGCGAUCAGUGCAUCUAUUGAGGACAAGAUGGACGUUUUUACCCAACUAUUCACACGAGUCUUCUCCACACGUGGUCUGCGACUAUGCAAAACAGAUAAAGGCAUGUUUGCAAUGUCACCACAGGAGGCGCUUGCAGGGGAUUUCGUUUGGGUCCUCAAAGGCUGUCGCUUGCCUAUUAUUCUACGACCGAGUCCCGCCUAUGUGGGGUCGUUUGAGAUCGUUGGCUUUGGCUAUGUUUGUGGAAUUAUGAAUGGAGAAGUCUUGAAAAGGCCAGGGUUUCACUGGGGGGAGAUCUCUUUACGGUAA